AUGGAGCUCGUGGGGACGGCCCUAGAAAGCACCAAAACGCACGGGAGAAAGCCGAAGAGGGAGAGGGGAAGGGGGCGCGCUCACCACGGUGAAAAUUGGAGGCGGAUACGGCUCGGUUUGGCCGGACGGCGGACGGUGGAUCACGGCGGCGCUCCGGCGGGUUAUGCAACAGUUCACUGCGCUCUGCGCGAGAGUCGGAGCGGAAGAGAGAGCAAAAUAGGAGCGAGAAGGCGGCUCGGGCUCAAGCGCGGCCAAAAGGGCAAGGCGCGGGGGAGGGAGAAGGAUCGUGGGGAGCGGGGGCCUGCAGUUCUGAACCGAGAGAGAGGGAAGAGGGAGGAGGCGGUUGGAGGAGAAGGAGCUGACAGAUGGGCCCCAUCUGUCGGCGAGAGAGAGAGGGAGAGGGUGGGGGAGUUGGCCAGCUGGGCCUCGGCCCAGGAAGAGAAGAAGGGGGCGCAGCGAUGCGGGGCGGUCACGGCACUAACCUCUCACAGCUGCUCGUCGGUGAGCGCGUCCUCGAAGGCCUCCUCCUCUUCUUCCGCCGCCCUCGACGCCUCCCCGCCAGCGGCGGCGGCGGCGGCCGCCUCCUCGGGCGCCGCUGAAGACGAGGGGCGCGCCGCCUCCCUAGAUCAAGCGGCAGGCGGAGGAGGAGGCGAAGACGAGGACGAGGCACGAGCGGAGGCCGGAGCGGCUGGGGCAGGGGCGGCCGGGCGGUCGACGGCAGGGUGGAGGGUGCAGGGGAGGCGGGGGCGCAGGGCGCAGGGGGUGCGGCGGGGCUGCGAGCGGUGUGCCGACGGCGGGAGUGCGGCGGCGGCGGCGCUGCGUGCGGGUGGAGCUGCUCCGUGCGUCCGCUCGGGUGGAGCUGCUGCGUGCGUCCGCUCCUGUGGUUGGGACUCAACAGGGGAGAGCCAGGCGGCGGCCGGCUGGCGCUCUGGCCUCUGGCGCGGUGGCGCCAUGGCUGGGCGAGCCGAGCUCGCCGGCGUCGACUGA